AUGCCUAAAGUCAAUAAAAUCAUUCAAAGAUUGAUAAAUCAAGAACGAAUACAACUGAAUGAAAAUACAGAAAUCAAACCUUUAAUUUCAACAUCGCCACCACUAUCACCACCUCCACCACCACCAUCAUCAACAAGAAAUUCACAAGUACAACGACAAAAGUCAGUAAUAUCUAGACAACAGCCGUAUGUUUCAGAACCAUCCAGAGUAUCAUUAAAUCCACUGAUUAAACACGAUUCAAAUGUACAAUUAUUUUCAUCAUCUUCAGCUUCUUCAUUAAAAGGAAAUAACGAUCACGAUGAAUUGUUUCCAUUUAUAAAUUUCAAUGAAUUUGAAUUUUCUCACCGUGGUACUAUUCUAAAUUCUCGUACAAGGAGUUCAAGGAGAAAUCAUCUUAGGGAUACUAAUAAUAGAGAAGCUAAUCCAUAUUACUCACAACAGCAGCAACAACAGCAGCAGCAGCAAUAUCAUAAUAAUCACCAUCAACAACAUCAUAGGUUUCAUCAUCAACAACAUCCACUUCCAGUUGCACAUCAUCAAAAUCAACAACCAAAUACAAAUAAUAAUAGUUCAACUUCAAGUACGGUGAUUCAAAGGACAAAUGAUAAUUUAUCAAUUGUAUCUUCUAGUCUUGGUAUUGAAGAUAAUUUUUAUUUGAAUAUAAUUUCUGAUGAUGCUUCUUUUCAACCUCAUAUUAAUACAAUUUUUCAAAAUAAUAGUGUAGGUACUAGUGGGACUAUGAUUAAUCCCAAUGGUGUUCCUAAUGGAUCAAUUAGAACGGCAUCAAGUACUAAAAACACCACAGGACGAAAACUGGUUCAAAAAUUGUAUGCUUCUUUAGAUUAUACAAGUGAUCAUGUUCUGAUUGAAGAGGAAGAAGAAGAAGAUGAUGAUUACAAUGUCGAUUAUGAUGAUGAAGAUAAAUAUCACGAAGUAGAUGAGGAAGAAGAAGAACAACAACAUAAUCAAAUACAUUUAAAGAUUCGUCAAAGUUUAGAACGACAAAUGCUAACCAAAGAUACUUUAUAUGGUGGUGGAAAAGGAGGAGGAGGAAGAAAUAUGAAGAAAAUUUCUCGAAUUAAUGAUAAUGAUGAAGAAGUUACAAUUCAAGAAGUUACCAGUAUAAAUAGUCAGUUAUCAAAUCUAGAAAUUCCUUUUAUUAAUGCUUCUCAAACUCCAUUGCUACCACCACCACAAUCACUACCCACAAAUUUUCCUGGUUCAUCAUCACUACAUCAACCUAUUUCUACUGCUACAAUACUUCCGCCAACGUCUUCAUCAUAUAGAACUAACCUUGCUAGUACAUGUGCUUCAACAGGGACAGGUACCGCCACAGCUACAUCUACUAUGGCUUCUUCAACUACAAAACAUUGUAUAAAUACAGUAUUAAAUUUUGUAAAGAAAAAGGUGAAACAUGUACGUACUUAUUGGUUGGUUAGAUCAGAAAAACCUCAAAAAGCAACCACUACAACAACCACUCCUGGAAUGGUUUAUAAUGGAACUGGUUUCGAUGUAUUGUCAUCAUCACCACCACCACCACCACAACAACAACCACAACCUUCAAUACAAAUAUCUUCUAGUUUAAUUCCAGAGAAUACCAAUAAUAAUGUCACUCAAACUAUAUAUACCCAUGAAAAUUCAAAUUUGAUUAAUUCAUCAAGAAGAAGGCUUUUAUUGAAUAAAAAACGUGGGAAACGAAAACCAGAAGUUAAUAAUGACAACAUUUUAACUCCUACUACAUCACGAUUUAAUCAAUAUAGUCAUAGUCAUAAUCAUAGUCAUCAAAAUUAUAAUCAUCAUAAUCAUUAUAAUCACCAUGAUGAUAAUGUAAGUACAUUAGAUGAUGUAUUUGUUAAAGAUGAUCAAGUUGCAGGAGCAUUGCUUUAUAUAAUUAGUGAAUAUCCUGACAAUAAUAAUAAUCAUAAUAAUAGUAAUAGUAAUGAGAAAAAAAAGUUGGUUAAUCAGGAGUCAUAUUAUCGUAAUCGAAUUCUUCAUCUGAAUUCAAAUCUGUUUUUUCAUUUAAAAUAUCAUAAUAAUAACAAUAAGAAGAAUCAAAGUCGUAUUCAUAGUCAAGAGAAUUUCAUCAUGGAAGAUGGUAAUAACAAUAAUACCAACACUCAUAACAAUAAUAAUAAUAAUGAUGAUGAUGUUUUGGAUUUAGAUAAAAUUGAAGAAAGUUCAAAUGAUGGAGAUGAUGAACAAAGUGAUUGUAAUUUACAUUCUUUUGAUAAAGAAGAAGAAGAAUACUAUCAGAGUAGCAUUAACACUAGUAAUAUCAAUAUCAUCAACAACAAUAAUAACCAUAGUUCUAAUAUCUAA